AUGUUUUCCGGAUUGGCAGAGAAGCAGCGUUUGUCUGUAGCGUAUACGCCUUCAACUCAACUUGAUCUCAUCGACACCCAAGAUAUCGCUAAGUUUGCUGCUGCAGCCUUCGAAGAGCCGAGAACAUUUUCGGGACAGGAAAUCCCACUCGCGAGUGAGAAAAUGACUGCUACGGAGCUUGCAAAGGUUCUUGGAACGAUAAGUGGCAAGAUGGUCGACGUUCACUAUAUAAGUGACGACGAGGUACCAGAGCUUGUAGCUCAGGGAUAUCGAGCCGUCCAAGCACAGCAAUGGCACAGGGAUGUAGGCUAUGCUGUAGAUCUACAGGAAGUCAAGCAAUAUGGUGUCACACUUGCGCCAGUGCAGAAAGUGCUUGAACGUGAUGGGUUAAGGUGGUAG